AUGUCUUCAUCAGCUAGAAACUCAAAAAGGAAUUCCUUCGUUUCGGCCUUCUCACCAGUGACGAAACCAUCACCCCGUUUUGGGUCACCCAGAUUCGAGUCACAGCAAAGUUUCAAUUCCUAUGAAGUUGCGCAACAACAACAACACCAAAGGCAAAGUCAAAGUCAAAGUCAAAGCCUAUACCCAGAUCAGCCGAACAUGACAAUGUACCAACAACAUCCUAAUUCGCCUAGAAUAAUCAUUGACUCGGACCCCACCGUGCCCGAUUUCCAUGAUAUCCCCAUGUCUCAAAACAAAACAUGCAAUUACAAAAUGAAACUUGUCAUUGUAGGUGACGGUGCUGUGGGGAAAUCGUGCCUUUUAAUCAGUUAUUCACUGAACCAGUUCCCGGAAAUAUACGUUCCUACAGUGUUUGAGAACUAUGUACGAACAGUGAUGUCACCAUCGGGCAAAAGUAUCGAAUUGGCAUUGUGGGAUACUGCGGGACAGGAAGAAUACGAUAGAUUGCGACCCUUGAGCUACCCCGAAGCAGAUAUGAUCUUGAUUUGUUUUGCUUUGGAUAAUUUGACGAGUUUGAUGAAUGUAAAGGAAAUUUGGUUCCCCGAAGUUAGUCACUAUUGUCCAGGAAUACCCGUUAUUUUGGUAGGUACCAAAGCGGACUUGGAGAAUAAGAGUGGGUCACUGGAGUAUGACACUGACCAUGGAACUGGCACAAAUAGUUACAAUGAUAUACCAGAGCAAUUGCCACUCCAAAUCGCGACGGAAAUAGGCGCUAUAGCAUAUUUGAAGUGUUCGGCGAAAACAAUGUUCAACACCAGAACUGUUUUCAAUUUUGCACUAAACCAUUUCCAGAAACAUAUGGAGAUGCAAGAACAAAUUCAAAAAAGUCAGAGUAGCAGUAGUAGGAAAAGAUUCAGCAAACGCUUCGGAAGUAAUGGAAGCAAUGGAGGUAGUAAUGGAUUCGGGAGUGCACAUGGCAGUGGUAACUACAACCAUUUGAGGACAGGAAGCAACACGUCGAAUUCCAGGAGAGGGCACUUGAAAAACACCUCGUAUGACUCAACCAUAUUAUUGGACCAACCAUUGACUGAGGACAAGUAUGAACUGAACCCCUAUGGCGAUUUUGGCGGUGGAGGCUAUGGUGGAAGUGGGAAACCAAGCCAUGAUACGUAUAGUGGGAAUGGCGAGUUCGAUUUCAUUAAGGAACAUGAAAAGAGGUACAAGAAGAAGAAUAAGAAAUGUGUGAUUCUAUAA